AUGGGUUCCAAAUCUAAGCUUGCCAUCGAUAAGUUAUUUUCUGAUUUGCAGAUUAAUGAGUUGAUGCCAGAUUUUGAUGUUUAUCUUCCAAAUAGCCGGUUUAGAAAGUCUUCCCCUGGUGAUCCAAGUUUUCUACUAUACUUAUCUAAAGGAAUUCACACUGGCAGACACGCUGCUUCAUUGCAUGGCAGUGUGUGUUCGGGUUGGGGGGUUGUAAGAAUGGGCUCAGUGACACACAACCAGUACUUGGCUCUAGCCAAACUGAUCAUGAUUUUGAUGUGGGAGCAUGUUAUUGUUGACCAUAGCAAGAAUAUGAAGGCAUUAGCUUAG